AGGUCGCGCGUUGGGCAGGUGCGCGCGGCGUUCCUGCGCACGCGCCAGCUGCCGGGCGGCGAGGCGACGCUGCGCGUGCGCGCGGCGCCGCAGUCGCUGUGCGCGCUGGCCGCCACCGACCGCGCCACCGCCGCCCUGGGCGCCUCCACGCUGCUGGACGAGCAGCGGGCCUUCGCCGCGCUCGCGCCCUUCCACAUCGAGCCCCACCACCUGCCCAAGCAGGCCGACGACGUCGACUACUGCGCGCGCAGCUUUGCCAAAAAUCUGUUACGAGACGAACCAACGACGACCGGCGUCGCCGUUCGAAAUGCUGCGAUAGCGGCGCCGCUGAGCGACCUGAAGCCCAGGGGCGGCGACGGCGGCCGCCAGCGACUCCGGAAGCCGGCCUUCUGGACUCCUGCGGCGACUGGCGGCGCUCGCGGAGGCGACGCAGAGCCGACGAACGCGACGUCGCUGGACGUGCGGCGGCGCGUGCCGGACUCGGUGACGCAGUGGGAGGCGCGCGUGGCGUGCGUGGCGCCGCGCCUGGGCCUGGGCGUGUCGCCGCCCGCGCACAUCACCGCCUUCCAGGCCUUCUUCCUCGACCUGGCGCUGCCCUACGCCGUCAAGCGAGGGGAGGUGCUUGUGCUCAAGGCCUCGCUCUUCAACUACCUGCCGCACAGCCUGCCGGUGCGCGUGUCGCUGGCGCCGACGCCGGGGCUGGAGCUGCUGUCCAACAGCUCGGAGGGCCUGGGCUGCGUGGAGGCCAACAGCAGCCUGGUGCUGAGCUUCCGCGUGCGCGCGCUCGACGUGGGGCUGCUCAACGUGACGGUGGUGGCCGAGGUGGAGCCGCUGCUGCCCGAGCGCUGCGGGCCCGACUUCGUGCUGGCGCAGAGGGACGCGCUGGUGAAGGCGCUGCUGGUGGUGGCCGAGGGCUUCCCGGUGCAGCGCGCGCACUCCGCCUACAUCUGCCCCGCAAAUUUCUCCGGCGACUCGAGCGUAGCGUGGCGGCUGCUGCUGCCGGCGGACGUGGUGGAGGACUCGGCGCGGGCGGACGUCAGCGUGGUGGGGGACCUGCUGGGCCCCACGCUGCAGAAUCUGGGGCAUUUGGUUCGCUUGCCGAUGGGGUGUGGCGAACAGAAUAUGAUUCUGUUUGUCCCCAAUCUCCACGUAAUUGGCUACCUCAACGCAACUGGGCGUUUAACCAUAGGCAUGCACACUGAAGCGCUGAAGAAUUUGCAGAAAGGCUACCAGCGGCAGCUCAACUACCGCCACGCGGACGGCUCCUACUCGGCGUUCGGUGAGCAGGACGGCGAGGGCUCGCUGUGGCUCACGGCUUUCGUGGUCCGCGCCUUCGCGCACGCGCGCCGCCACAUCUUCGUGGACGAGCGCGACCUGGCCGCCAGCGUGCAAUGGGUGCUGCGCCAGCAGCUGGAGAACGGCUGCUUCCCGCCCGUCGGACAGGUGUUCCACAAGGACAUUCGGGUGAGGCAA